AUGGCCCCUCAAAGUAGCGUGGAUGAAUUGAUUACUUAUUUCAAAACUCAUAACAAAGUACGAGAACAGCAAAGUCAUACAGCAAAAGUGCAUAGCGUCGGUUGGAAUUGCGAUGGGAAACUUUUAGCCUCGGGAUCUUUUGAUAAAUGUGUCUGCAUAUUUUCACUUACACCAGACCGUUUAAAAUUAGAAACAACAUUUCGAGGUCAUGGCGGCAGUGUUGAUCAGUUGUGCUGGCAUGCUUCUAAUCCAGAACUUUUGUCAACUGCUAGUGGAGACAAGACAGUUAGGAUAUGGGAUACUCGCACUCAAAAAUGUACUGCUAAUAUAAGUACAAAAGGUGAAAAUAUCAAUAUUUGUUGGUCACCAGAUGGCAAUACAAUUGCAGUUGGUAAUAAAGAAGAUUUGGUAACAUUCAUUGAUGCCAGAGCUAUGAAAAUAAAAGUAGAAGAACAAUUCAAUUUUGAAGUGAAUGAAAUAUCGUGGAACAAAGAUUCAGAUACAUUUUACCUAACUAAUGGACAAGGCUGUGUUCAUAUUUUAAGUUAUCCAAGUUUAGAACUUUUGCAAGUAAUAAAAGCACAUCCAGGAACAUGUAUCUGCAUUGAGUUUGAUCCUACAGGACGAUAUUUUGCAACUGGAUCAGCAGAUGCUCUUGUUUCUUUAUGGGACGCUGAUGAACUGUGUUGUUUAAGAACAUUUUCUCGUUUGGAUUGGCCUGUCAGAACUAUAUCUUUCUCCCACGAUGGAAAGCUGUUAGCAGCUGCAUCAGAAGAUUUAGUUAUAGACAUUGGUGAGGUUGAAACAGGGGAAAAAGUGACUGACAUACCAGUUGAAGCAGCAACAUUUACUGUUGCUUGGCAUCCUAAACAAUAUUUACUUGCUUAUGCAUGUGAUGACAAAGACAGUUAUGAUCGAAAAAGAGAUGCAGGUAGUUUGAAAGUUUUUGGCUUUCCAAAUGAGAAUUAAUAUAUAUUUUUACUCUAUUUUAAAAUAAAAAGUUUUUUAUGAAAACAAAAUGAAUUAAUUUAUUUAACUCUUGAUUUCGUUUAAAAUAAUGAAAAUUGAUUUGUAAAUUAUAAAAUUCAUUCAUUACACUUCUGUUUUUGUUUGUCUGGUUACCAUGGAUACAUAACCCAAUAU